AUCGAGCACUUAUCGCUUAUUAGAUGCCGAUAAACGUCGCUAUCUAGUGUAGCAAUUUGUUCUUAAAUUAGUAAACCAUAUUUAAAUAAAUAAUGGAUUGUACUGACAAUAUGCAAACAAGUCAACAGGAUGAAGAAGUUGAGGAAAGUGGGCGUAUAAUCCAACUUCAAGAUUUAAUUGAAAAAAAUAUACAGAUUGAACAAAAAAUUGAGUCCCGUUCUUUCGGAGAGUCCAUGUCGGCCAUUUUUGAUAUAUUAGGUAAAGCGAACGAUGUAGUGAAAGGAUAUGAGGAGCGCAAAACAAACUCAACAGAGAUUUUGCUGGACUCUGAACUCUUAAGACGAAACCACGAAGUUGUUGGAAAGGCAAUACAGUAUAAUACGAAUAUCACAGAUCGAAUGUAUUGUACGGCCAUUAACAAUGUUGUUUUCAAAGACAAUGCAGAGGAUUGGAAUGCCCUGUGCAGCCUUGCUUGCCGGUAUGGAGUGCCCAGCUUCACAAAUGCCUCGAUGUUGCCUUUUAUUAAUGUAGAGCUCAAACAGCAUGUUCCCAAGCAGCGAGCAGCACGUAAAACCACAAUAAAUGCCGUAGAGAAACGUCCGAAGCAAGCCGACAAGCUCGAACGCAGGGGCGAAGGCUCGGCAGCUGUGAAUCAUGUGAUGAAACAGAUUAAAAAUAUUUACCGAGCCGGCAAUAACCAACCAAUACCAUAUUUUAAACUGAUCUGUAAUCCCCAAAACUUUAUGGACACCGUUCAAAAUUCAUUGAUUAUAUCGUUUUUGAUCAAAGAGAAUCUGAUAUGGAUGGAGAACGGAGCAGAUGGAUUGCCCCAAAUCAAAUUGAACAAUUCAAAAGAAUCCAUUGCAAGUGAACCUUUUCAGGCCAUAUGUCGCUUAGAUCUUGAACUCUGCGAGAAAUAUGCCAAGUAUUACAAUAUCAAGGAACCCAUGCUAAAGCGCGCUGAAGUCGACGAAAGCUGAUAGUAUUUUUAUUUCGUUGAGCCAUUCAAGUUUUUAUAAUAUAAAUAUUUGUAUGUAUAGAUAAGAGCACGCGCCAAAUAGUUGAGUUUGUAUAUUAAUAUAGUCUAUGUUAUAGAGAGCGAGUGCGGUUGAGAGAUAUAUAGCGUAGAUCAGUACGUCAGCUGAGAUCUGUUUAUAUUUGAGAGUAAGCUUAAAAUUUUGAUAGCUAAAGAAAGAAAUGAAAAACGAAUUAAAUUUUUUGUUUCAUUUUUAUUUUGUAUUAACCAAUGCAAAAAUAAAAUUAACUUUACAUAUUCUGUUAUGUUAUAGAUUUUGUAUACCACCCUCGUGUAUAUUUUGGCUUUUUGACCGCAGUAUUUAAAAUUUCUUCGAAAUGUUCUUAGUUGUGCCUUAGGCUUUUGUAAUGGCACACGCGUUUGAUGCGCUUCAUCUGACUUGAUCGUUCUAUAGUACAAUUUAGAGUCAAAUACAAGAGAAUGCAGUUGAUAAGGUCAGUGGGCUUAUUUAUGAAUUAGACUGAACGUUCGACAGAUAAGCAGAGUUCAAUUAAUAUUGCAUGUGAAUUAGCUCAUUCAUAAAAUUUAUUUGUGUGCACAUGCGUGCAUGAUUUAUAAUAAUUUUAUUACUAAUACAAUUCCUAUAAAGCUCAUUCAUUAAAUUUAUGACCAUACAGUAUUUGUCUUUCCAAUAAAAUCUGUUGAAAACUUCAA